CGACCAUGCCACCAGCCAUACCCGAAGUGGAGGUGCUCCGCCCACGCGACCCCUCAGCGGAAGACAGCGACGACUGGAACGAGUUCACUUUGACGAAAGCCUUCGUUCAUGCGAUCGGCGACGAACGCGAUCUCGUCAGUCUGCUAGUAGCAGAAGCUGGUCACCCGGUGACUGUCGUUGGCGAGCUCGAGCCACUCGAUGAGGACGAGUACGACUUGUACCUACGCACACCAAAGACCGAACCGAAGCGGGCGAGGGUAGAAUUGCAAGAUGUGCGACAGUUUGCAUUCGGCGAGGAUGAUGGUCACUCCGCAAUAUGGGCAGCUGGAAAAGCAGGUUGGCACCGGCUGCAUCCGGCCAAGAAAUACCAGAAGAUAUACGACGAGAUGUGCGAGGCGGUGCAAGUGCUCUACUACAUUGCAGAUGCAUACAAGACCGAGCGUUAUGAGGGCCGAGGCAAGAACAGAACGCUGCUUAAGGAUUACAGCGCGCAGGAAAUCUUCGAAAACUAUGCCCGGGACGUGCUGGAUGUGGAUGAUGUAGAGGAAGGUUCCGCUCGGAUAUACAAGCACAAGGACUUCCUCAUCGGCUCAAUGCUUGCUGGAAGAGAAGGUCUGCCCUGGACCAAAUAUCCUCUUUGCAAGCACCUGUAUAAGCGAUUUCCCGACACAGUAGCCAUGUUACGGAAAAGACGAGACACACCCGUGGAGCAUAAAGUUCCCGCAUCGAAAACCAGACAUAGCAGGAAGAAUCCUCCAGGAGCGAGCUCGAAUAUACCAUCGCGGCAAAGCAAAACACGCUCAACAAGGCAAACCUCCGUUGAUGCGGACCUGGCACCUCAGACUAAAGCUGAAACGGGCAGAGUACGCACGACCCGACAAGGGUCCGCCGAAAUAGGAACUUCUACGGCACCAGUCAGACGAAAACGCGGCAGACCGGCAAAGAACGCAACACCUCAAGUGGCGACUCCUGAUAGCGCAUCGGAGACUAGCGACGCAGUUCCCGAAGUAGCAGAGCAGGAAGAUACGCAGGAAGAUGUGCAGCAAGACAAUGAGCCUGCGCUGGCAAUGGGACCACCAAAGACCCGCCCUGGAAGACAUACGCGGCGGCAUCCUGAGCCAGUCGAGACAGACGUCCUUGCAACGCCUGCCAAAGAGGAGGAGAGCGACGAGGAAAUACGAGCGAGAGAGCAGAAGAACAAGUCUUCGCUGCGGCCACGCGCCAGCAAGGCUAGUAAAUCUGCGGCACGUAAUGGUGGCAAAGGGCCCAAGCAGCAAACUGAAGACUCAGACGACGAGCCUGACCCUCCAUCCUCACCUAUACCCGGGAAACGAAAAAGCGAGGACCAUCUGGAUGACCUGCAACGAAGAAAGCCAAAACGUCGGAACUCUCGACCGCAUGACGAUGAAGGAAUCGAUAUUCCCACCUCACCUGACUCGAGUGGUGGUGAUAUUGACUUGCCGCUCCGACUAAACGACGUCGCAGAGGUGGAAGACCCUGUGCAAGAGGAUACUUGGCUCUGUGCACUCGACGGCUGCACGCACAAGAUCUACGCUACAUCACAUCCUGAGUCGCAGCGGCUGAUCCGUGAACACUACGCUUUACAUGCGUACGAUGAUGAUAUGAGAGUGCAAAUGGUUAAGAAGGUGGAAGCUCCUUCUCUACCUGUGGGUAGAUUGAUGGAGAAGGUGAAGAUGCAAGCGAAAGCAGAGGGCUUUCCCGGCAGUCAUGCGCCGGCACCGAGUAUGCCUGAUAACGUGAGGAGUCGAUUUGACCCUGGCGGGCACAUUGGCGUCGGACAAAAGUAUUGAUUGUGUAUAUUGUCUUGGCUGGACGCAAGGCCGUGACCGGAUGAUCGCGCCUGGACGGCAGGAAUGGUACUGUAUAUGACUGUAUGAUGAAUUCCUGAUGAUAAUUUUCUGCUUCCAAGUCUUCGCUGAGGUUUAAGCCAUCUCUGUAGAUAGCUGCAACUCCGCGCUCGGCAAGCGCACUCCCUGUCUCGUCGAUUUUCAAGUUCUUUCAUUGACCAUGAUCAAGAAUUCUUGCUUUCGUGUGCUGGCUACUUCCAUGCUGCUCGCCAAUUUCGGAGAAAAUUUUGGAGGAUAUAUGGAAUCGAGCAUCCAUGCACAUCGCGCAGAUCGUGCCCUUUCUCCAAGGCUCCCUGGCGCUGGCCACGACGCUUCUUGCUUCUUCCAAUGCAGUCUGCACGCUUGCGUCUUCACACACCGGACUAGGCCAGGAAAGUA